AUGCUUGAAGGAAAUGAAGAUUUUCGUAAAAAGUCAAAAUCUUACAUUCAAUUCCAAAAUGAAAUUUACUUGUACGAGAAGAUUCUUCCGUUCUUCAAAAAUUUCCUAAAAAACAAAGAAACUACGUUCAAUCCUGAUAAUUGGAUACCAAAAACUUACGUGAAUAUUUGUUUAGAAACUUCUAACGUCCAGCGAGAGACAAUUUUAGUACAAGAGAAUUUGAAAGCUUCCGGAUUCAGCACUUUUGAAAAGUUGUAUUUAACUGAAUCGCAUUUUGAUUUGAUGAUUGACAACUUGGCGCAAUUCCAUUCCGUCUCAUUAGCUUUAAAAAUAAGCAAAAAUCAGAAAUUCACGAAUUUAGUUAAAAACUUGAAGCCUCUCAGUUUUGAAGAUCCUAAUGGCGAAAAAUGCGUUUAUGAUGUUCUGCAUGAAAUUUCUACAACUCGUCUCUUCAAGAACGUACUUGAAGCACAAAACCUUGAUGAAAAAGUCUUAAGGGAUGUUCAACAACUCCAAAGAAAAGUAGGUUCAAGUCCCGUUAAACUUUUCGAUACUUUCCGUGAAAUUGAUGACUUUUCAGUAAUCGUUCAUGGCGACUUCAAUCGAAACAACUUGAUGUUCAAACAAGAUUCUAACUUUUUAGAGAUGCGAAUGAUCGAUUUUCAACAAGUUCGUUUCGCAAGUCCCUGUUUGGAUUUGGCUUUCUUCAUGUAUGUCAACAUUGAUCCAGCAGAAAGGAACAAAUUAUGGGAAAAAUUGCUUUUGAAAUAUCAUGAGAAGCUUUUGACUUACAUCACGGAAAUAUUAAAAAUUGAAAAAGAUGAUUUCCGAUUGAAACCAUUGAAUUUGGAAAAUUUCCUCGAACACUGUAAGAAAAAAUUUCUUUAUGGUUUAUUGAUAACUGUUAGUUUCACUCCGUGGCUCAUUGCUCCUCAAGCUGAAACCCAAAAGGUUGGAAAAUUAUUUCAAGCUAAUAUGUUUGACGUAAAAUAUCGAGAAUUUGCACUUCACGUAGGCGGUGAAAAGGCAAAUAGGCGAAUGGUUGAAGAUGUUCAACAUGCAAGUCGAAUGGGUUAUUUCGAUAUUUGCUAUGAGUAA